AAACAUUAUGUUACUACAGCACUAGCUGUUUAAAAUGCUUGUUAUCGCAUGGUUUAUAGAAGGAUUCCAUCUAAAAUGGCCGCCUUUUUUACAAAUCUUGCAGAUUUUAUCUGCGUUGAGAUUCAGGGUUAUCCUUUUAUAAUUCGUGAGCAUCCACCGCCUUCUGUUCUUGCACAACAUAAUGUCAACAGGUCGUCUGAUGGUGUUGUUAACGGUGCUUCAUCUUCACAUGAUGGCAUAUGUGACGACGAAAUAUUGGAUCCUAUAGAUGCAAUCCCAGAGAACUCGUUGAAACAUAUGUUACGACUCCCUCGGCAUUUUGAGCGGAUCAUGUUAUUAUCGUUAGGUAUAUGUAUAGACUCUCUGUUAUUCGAGUUGACUAUGAUGCCUAUACAGGCUGUGAGUGGUGUUUUAUACAUAUUUGAGAAGUUUAUUGAGAAAGUGAGAUGUUCUAUUGAACCUUACGUUUCAAGGCUUCGUUCUUCUGUAAUGGUUCCUUCAUUUUUGACUCGAUAUUUCCUGACGGUAUCACCAAUGUCAAUGAGUACAUCUAGUGGCAAUGAAACUGCAUCCACUGUAAAGCCAAGUGAUUCCGGACCUGUUGAUAAAUCCACAACCAUCUCAACAGAACCUAUUAAAGAAGAUGACUCCCAUAGUGCUAGCAAAUUAGACCCUGUUUACGAGUCAGAAGCAGACUGUUUAUCGCAUAGCGGUGGUGAAUUGACUUCACCAGAUGAAAAUGACGAAACGUCAUCUUCUGGCGGAGAAUAUGAGGAUGCUGAUCCGCCGUUAGACACCACAACAGACUCUAGCGCGAAUACCCCGGAUGAUGCCGAUGAAUCAUAUGUUAUAACACCAAUAGAGGCUUGUGGAUUUGCUCGUUUUGCUGCCAUGUUGUUUGCUAUAAUUAUUCUCUCAAGGAUUGACACUUCACGGGUGUAUCACAACAUACGUGGUCAGCCUUUCUUCAAGUUGUAUGUUAUAUUUAACAUGUUGGAAAUUUGUGAGCGUCUUUGCAGAUCUUUUGGUAGAGAUUGUAUUGACACUUUAAUGCGCACUACUGUCAAGAUCUACAAGUUAUGUUCAAACUUUUCAUUACGUAGUUCAAAUGCUUUGGCUAUGUUAAAUGCUACGAAACGCAUGAAGUCAGGUAUUGCUAUGGACCAUUUUAUGACAAAGAAAUAUAAAUCAAGUGUAGUAAUCAGUAAUUUCGCUCGUGUUGAGCAGAUGGCGACUCCUACAAUGCGUCGUGUUACUGUUGACGUGGCUGGAUAUUCUGAAAGAACCAUAUCGCAAAGUGAAACCACUCAUCCAUAUUCAAAUGCGGGUACCAGUGAUCUCUCUGAUAAGGAGCGACCUAUAAAGACUUUAUCGUUUGUAGGCGAUGACUUAGAUCUGCAUUUGAAUCACUCCGAAGAUUCGCCGGAGAAACACAGUUUCGUGUUGAAGGACUUAUCGGCUACUUUGGACACAAUUGCUGAUACUGUAUGUCCCGAUUCAACUCGUGAACUAGAGGAUUCUGGCAAUGCUUAUUUGGAAUUUAUAUUACGUUUUUUAUUGGUUACUAUCUAUAUUAUAUUCCACUCAUUUAUGCAUUUACUUCGUGUGCUGAUUCUUAACAUUGCCAUUAACUCCUCUGACUCAGCAAUGUUUUUAUUGAUGGUAACUAACAACUUUGCUGAGAUUAAGUCUACUGUUUUCAAGAAGUUUAAUGAGACAUCAUUAUUCACUAUCGUUGCUACUGACGCUAUUGAGCGUUUUCACUUAUGUUUCGACGGGAUGAUUGUCUUCUUUAAGAUGUGUACAGUUCAAAGUCCAUGGCAGGCGUAUUUACAGGUAUCACGCUGGUUAAGUAAGAUGUUGGUGUUAGAAGUGCUGAUUGAUUACUUCAAGCACAGUUUUCUGCUUAAGUUUAACAAGAUCGGUGGUGAGCUUUUCAAACGUUACACUGAGGUAUUGAUCGGUGAUAUACUGUUAUCGCGGUCACUCCGCAACUUACAUAUGCUUGUGCGAUUUGACUUUCGAGUCAUAUGUAAGGGGGUCUAUUCAUUUUCUCACAUUCCUGCGAGGCGUCUCGGUUUCAUGUCUUCUCCUAUAAUGACACUUAUCGUAUGUAACAUUCCAUAUAUUCGCAGUCGUUUGACAGUUACUAGGUUUGUUACUGCUCUUUUAAUAUGGACGGCGUUAUUUUUUUUGAAGGUGACGUUAUCCAUUCUACUUCUAAGUUAUGGGAUAAAGAAGCGCCGUGAUUUGCUGAUGCUAAGAACUCCGAUGGACGCUGUAGGCUCCUUAUGACUUUGGUUAAUUUAUACGAUUCUUCAUGUGGAAUGUACUCUUCUGUGUUGCAUA